AUGACGGAUUCGAGGCAGGAGAUCGAAAUCAGAUGCCAUCAUUGCGCAGGCCCUCUUACGAAAAAUUUGGAAACCACUAAAUGGACUGUAGCUCCGUUCAUAAGGGAUAGCUUCUCUAUGAUUGGAUCGGCUGUUGGUGGUACCGCAAGUGCAUUCAUUGGAUUUAACCAUGUUAUGCCAAUUGUACGCAAGUGGGUUAAAGGACCCAUGUGGUUACAUUUUCUUGUUGGGGCACCUCCUGUUAUAGUUCUUUCAUCAGCCUGUGCUGGACUAGCAGGUGGUACUGUACCGGCACUGGCACAGCUCGCUUCAUCUUCAUACCGAGCAGCAGUCCAUUCGUCUCAGCCACCACAGGCACAAGAGAAUAACAAAAUGCACAAGUCUUCGACUUCUCCUCUGGUUAGGGUUUUCGAGCCUUUCCGAUCUUCGUCGAGCAACCACAUCUCCUUCCUUUCGAGGGAAUGGCCGGCGGCUCUGGGGACGGAAUGGUUUCGAUGCCUCAAAUCCUUUUUGCCCCCUCUGUUUUCAGCGAUGAAGACUGCUUGCUGCCUGAGCGCACGAUUACUCGGCGCUGUGAUGGCUAUUGCGAGCUUUUAA